AUGUUGUUGAAAUCUUUAUUCCCAUCUAUCUUGGCUGCUGCUUCAUUCGUUUCAUCCGUGGCUGCCGAAGAUUUGCCUGCUAUUGAAAUUGUUGGUAACAAAUUCUUCUACUCCAACAACGGAUCCCAAUUUUUCAUCAAAGGUAUUGCUUACCAACAAAAUAACUUGGACUCCAAUGAUUCAUUUGUUGAUCCAUUAGCUAAUCCAGAACACUGUAAAAGAGAUAUUCCUUACUUGGAAGCUGUUGACACCAACGUCAUCAGAGUUUAUGCUUUAGACACCAGUCAAGACCAUACCGAAUGUAUGCAAAUGUUGCAAGAUGCUGGUAUUUACGUCAUUGCAGAUUUGUCUCAACCAGACGAAUCCAUCAACAGAAACGAUCCAUCCUGGGAUUUGGAUCUUUUCGAAAGAUACACUUCAGUUGUCGACUUGUUCCACAACUACACUAACAUUUUGGGUUUCUUUGCCGGUAACGAAGUCACCAACAAGAAAUCAAACACUGACGCUUCUGCUUUCGUCAAGGCUGCUAUCAGAGACACCAAGGCUUAUAUCAAAAGCAAAGGUUACAGAAAGAUCCCAGUUGGUUACUCUGCCAAUGAUGAUUCCGCCAUUAGAGUUUCAUUAGCCGAAUACUUUGCCUGUGGUGAUGACGAUAAAGCUGCCGAUUUCUUUGGUAUGAACAUGUACGAAUGGUGUGGAGACUCUUCCUACAAAGCUUCUGGUUAUGAAUCUGCUACCACCGACUACAAAAACUUGGGUAUCCCAAUCUUCUUUUCCGAAUACGGUUGUAACGAAGUUAGACCAAGAAAAUUUACAGAAGUCGGUACUAUUUUCGGUGACCAAAUGACUCCAGUCUGGUCUGGUGGUAUUGUUUACAUGUACUUUGAAGAAGAAAACAAAUACGGUUUGGUCAGUGUCAAAGACAAUUCUGUUUCUACUUUGCAAGAUUACGCCAACUAUAAAUCAGAAAUUAAAAGCAUUAGCCCAAGCUCCGCUAAGGCUUCUGCCGAAUCUGCCUCCUCCAUUUCUAGAACUUCUUGUCCAACCAACACUAAUAAUUGGGAAGCAUCUACUGACUUGCCACCAACCCCAGAUAAAGAUGUGUGUGAAUGUAUGAGUGCCUCAUUGAAAUGUGUUGUUGACGACAAGGUUGAUUCAGACGAUUACGCUGAUUUGUUUGACUACAUCUGUGCCAAGAUUGACUGUAGCGGUAUUAAUGCCAACGCUACCAAAGGUAAUUACGGUGCUUACUCCCCAUGUCAUAGCAAGGAUAAAUUGAGUUUUGUCAUGAACUUGUACUACGAAGAAAACAAGGAAAGUAAAUCUGCUUGUGACUUUGGUGGUUCUGCUUCGUUGCAAAGUGCUAAAACUGCUGGCAGCUGUUCUGCUUACUUGUCCUCUGCUGGUUCUUCAGGAUUGGGAACUGUAUCUGGUACCGUCAGAACUGACACUUCUCAAUCUACUUCUGGUUCUGGUUCUGGUUCUGGUUCUGGUUCCGGUUCUGGUUCUGGCUCUGGCUCUGGAUCUUCUUCAUCAUCUUCUUCUUCCAGUUCAUCAUCUGGUUCAAGUGGUAAGAAAUCUGCUGCCAGCAUUGUUUCUGUCAACUUGUUGACCAAGAUUGCCACUAUCGGUAUUUCUAUCGUUGUUGGUUUCGGUUUAAUUACCAUGUAA